AUGGUUCGGUUUGAUUUACUAGCAAAAAGUCACGCGAUUUCAUUGAACCAAUUUAGUUCGAUCACAUUGGACCGGUUUAGUUCGAGAAUCUCUGCGUGGCCUGAAGUGAUAACAUUCAUUAUUCACCGUGAGGAAGAGAUCGGCAAAUCAGAACUUAAAAGCCAUCUCUCGCCGGAAAAUUUCCUCUAUCUUCGAGCCGCUUUUGCUGUUUUAUUUCCGUCGAAGCUUUUCGUUUUGUCUAAUUUAAAAUUUGUAGCCAUGGAUUCGUUGGUUCGAAUCCAGGGUUUCUGGAGGAAACACAGAAGGAAGAUUUUGGUGACGACGACUUGUUUGGGAAGUGGUUAUUUGCUAUACAAACUAUACAAUGCCCAUACUCGUAAGCUCGCUGACUUGGAACAAGAGCUUGCUAAGGAGCGUGAGAAUGACGAAAUCAUCAAAACCCAAAUGAAGGUCCAUUUCGAGAACAUUCAGAUGAUCGCCGAUACUGCAACAUUGCCUCACGCAAUGCAUCACUUGAGUAGCCGUAUAGUUGAGGAGAUCGAUGUCUCUAGUAUUAUGGAGAAGCUAAGCAAAGGAAAGGGAAUGUUGAGUGCUACUGAGAAGCUUCAACUCUGGAAUGAGCUCAAAAUUUUGAGUUUCACGAGGAUGGUUUUGUCGCUGUGGUCAGUCACUAUGCUUAGUUUGUACAUUAGAGUUCAAGUCAACAUAUUGGGCAGACAUUUAUAUAUCGACACUGCUAGAGGUCUUGGCAGUUCCCAUUUACUUGAAGAGUUAGAUCUCAUAGAUAGAGAUGACGAACAAAAGUUUUUGACAAGUGCUGAUUAUCUUGCAACCAGUGGCAUGCCUAGUUUGAUUUCUAAUAUGAAGAGUGCAGUGAAAGAAGUUCUUAAGGGCAAGCAGUUAAAGGAUGUUUUAACCACAAGAACUCUCCAAGAAACCGUGAUCCGGAUUCUCGAUGUGUUUAUGAGCACUGGAAGUCCACAUCACUGGGUAGAUUAUUUAAUGAUGGCCCAAGACACAACAAUGCUUCCAAGAGACAACACCACUGAUGUUUCCUCUUCUUAUGCAACUGUCUCCAAGUUUCAUCAACUCAUAACCGAGACACGGGAAGUACUCACAAGCACUGAUUUUACAAAUGUAGCAGAGAUCUCACUCAAGUCUUGUACCGUUACAUUAGUUGAGGAGAUUGAAAAGCUGGCCGGUUUGGCCACGGGGAUGCAAUUGGCUAAGCUAUUACCACAGAUUGAGAAGACAAUACCGGAGAUUUCAGCUAAACCGGACAAAAACCGGUUCUUGCAACUCAUCCGAGAUUUGCCUGAAGUUCAACUCUUUUUCACUCUUUUAUACGCAAACAUGCCUCAGUAA